CCCGACACACACACACACAUACACACUCACAAACACGCGCGCAGGCUGUUGGGGACUGCACGCGUUAGCACUCGGGUCUCUCUCUCUCGCUGACACACACUCACUCGUCUCUCACUCGCUCACUCACAAAAGCCGUGGUGAGGUGACAAGUUGAGUGUUAGGAGGCUUCGGUUAAGAAAAGAACUGGUUAUAGAAGUGACCGUGGGUGUCUGUGCGUUCGUGUGUGCGCUGUACCUUGACGGCAGGAAAGUGGAAUUGAUAAAAACUGUGGACAAAUCGCACAUUAGUAAACGUAUAGACAGAAACAAGGGAAAAGAAGACAAACAGCAAGGCGAGGAGUGAGUGGCUGGGCUAUCCAGUGGAAUUGACAGCAGUGAACAGCAGACGGGAGGAAAAGGCCAGAAACAGGAGACAAACAGCACGACACGAAUGAAAACGUGGAUUUUUGGACAGAAAACAGAAAAAAUAAAGCGGAAAAGGAGAAAAGGAAAUCUGGACAGUACACAACAGUAGAUAAAUCAGACAGACAGCGAUAACAGAAUAACAAGACCUACCAACAAAACGGGAAACAGAAACAGAAGGAAAAUAAAUCAAAGCAGAUCAGGAAGAAAAACAAAACCAAACCGCCUUUCCUAGGAGCGCACAGCAACAGGAGACAGCAGACACAGCAUUUCACAGCACCCAAAGUUAGGCGGGGCACACACGGAGGAGGAAGACGAGGUGAACGGACUCAACGAGGAAGACGCUAAGAUAAAAACAGGGGAAGAAAACGAAGGAGGAGGAGGAAGAGGAGGAAGAAGAAGAGAACACACACACACACACACACACACACAGUAACUGACAUACAAAAACACACACUCACUCGUACAUAAACACACAAACACACAAAUUCACGCGAUCCUUAAGGCGGCAAGAGUGAAAACACGUGACGAGAGAGAGAAAACUGCCUCUCUCUCCCUCUCUCUCUCUCCCUCUCUCUCUCUCCCUCUCUCUCUCUCUCUAUACCAUGCGGCCAAAACCAAGAGCUCUUCGCUGCAACUGUGUCUUCUGUGCCAAAGUCCCAGACAGUCUUAACACAAGGAUGGAGUGUGAGACGAAUUAUGACAGCCAACAGGAACAUCAAGCCUUGUACCUUCCCCCCAAGACAUUCAAACAGACCAGAAACUACGCCUCCAGACAACAGGAAGUGGCGAAUAUAAGAAAUAAAUUUCCAAAUAAGAUUCCGGUGGUGGUGGAGCGGUACGCCAAAGAGACCACACUUCCGGUGCUGGACAAGACCAAGUUUCUGGUGCCGCAGGAGCUGACCAUGUCCCAGUUUGUUACCAUACUCAGGAACAGAAUGCAGCUCCAGUCUACAAUGAGUUUCUACCUCCUGGUCAACAAUCGCUCCCUCGUGUCUCUGUCUCGCCCCCUGUCAGAGGUGUACAGGGAGUGCAGGGAUGACGAUGGCUUCCUCUACGUCACCUACGCCAGCCAGGAGGUGUUUGGAUGAGAUGAGGUCACGUCGAGGUGCUCAAGCUUACUGCUGUGAUAGACGGCCCAGGGGUCACCGAGGGGGCGCCCGUGGUCAAGGUCACUCAUGGGAGGUCAAGCCAGGUCACAGGGUCACCAGCCACCCUAGCUGACCUUCAUUCUACGGCUGCUACUUCUACUACAACUACUACUACUACUACUACUACUACAAGGGUCUCUUCUGUAUUGAAAGUCUUCCACUACUACUACUACUACUACUACUACUACUACUGGAGUGACUAUUACUAUCAUAGCGUUCGUUGCGCUGAUAAUUUUCUUUUUUUUUUCUUUUUUUUUUCUUUUUUUUUUAAGUUGGUAUCAUCAUCAUCAUUGUCAUUGUUGUCAUUCUCCUCAUUAUUGUCAUUGUUAUUAUCAUUAUCACUGUCACCACUGUCAUGGAUUUUAUAAGUGUAUUUUUUAUGGUUUAAGUUUAAGAGAAUCUGCAUUAUCAUCUUCAUUAUCAAUCUUAUCACUAUUAUUAUUAUUAUUAUUAUUAUUAUUAUUAUUAUUAUUAUUAUUAUUAUUAUUAUUAUUAUUAUUAUUAUUAUUAUUAUUAUUGCUACACUGGAGUCUUACUAUGAUCAUUUUCAUUAUUUCAUUCGUAACAUCAUCAUCAUCAGCAUCACCAUCAUCAUCAUCAUCAUCAUCAUCAUCAUCAUCAUCAUUGUUUUCAUUAUUAUCUUUAUUUUUUAAUCAAAUUGUGAAUGCAUAAAUGUUAAACUCUCUCUCUCUCUCUCUCUCUCUCUCUCUCUCUCUCUCUCUCUCUCUCUCUCUCUCUCUCUCUCUCUCUCUCUCUCUCUCUCUCUCUCUCUCUCUCUCUCUCUCUCUCUCUCUCUCUCAUGCAGCUUUUCACACAAUUUCAAAAUAUAAACAAGACCAGUGCCUCUAUUGUAGUUCUCUUAUUUUGUCAUUCACUCCUGUUCCACUAUUAUUAUUAUUAUUAUUAUUAUUAUUAUUAUUAUUAUUAUUAUUAUUAUUAUUAUUAUUAUUAUUAUCAUCAUCAUCAUCAUCAGACUUAUAGAGAGUAUUUUUUGUUCCUAUGCAGUUUGUCAUCAUCAUUGAGUGUAUUAUUAAGGUUAUCAUUACUCUAAGUUGUGAUUUAAUACAAGUUCCGACAGCCUUUUAUAAUCAUCCUGGUAAAUCUAUAUGAGCCCUUCUCAGUACCACGGCUUCUAUACAACCGUACGAUAAUAUUUUUUGGAGGGGUUUUCCUUGAGCCUUAAUUGGUGUUGUGUGGAAUGGAGCGGGUUAAACAGUUAUCUCUGCCUUUAUUGUGUUUGAUUGAUGGGUUAAAAAUUAUCUCUGGUUUUAUUAUGUUUGUUUGAUGAGUUAAAAAAUUAUCUCUGGUUUCAUCGUAUCUUAAUAGGUAAAAAAAAAAAAAAAAUCUGGUUUUAUUAUGGGUUUAAAAUUUAUCCCAUCUUAAAUUUAAACUACGUAUUAUAUUAAACUAUAAUUUUAUAUUUUUGGAGGGGUUUUCCUUGAGCCUUAAUUGGUGUUGUGUGGAAUGGAGCGGGUUAAACAGUUAUCUCUGCCUUUAUUGUGUUUGAUUGAUGGGUUAAAAAUUAUCUCUGGUUUUAUUAUGUUUGUUUGAUGAGUUAAAAAUUAUCUCUGGUUUCAUCGUAUCUUAAUAGGUAAAAAAAAAAAAAAAAUCUGGUUUUAUUAUGGGUUUAAAAUUUAUCCCAUCUUAAAUUUAAACUACGUAUUAUAUUAAACUAUAAUUUUAUAUUUUUGGAGGGGUUUGCCUUGAGCCUUAAUUGGUGUUGUGUGGAAUGGAGCGGGUUAAACAGUUAUCUCUGCCUUUAUUGUGUUUGAUUGAUGGGUUAAAAAUUAUCUCUGGUUUUAUUAUGUUUGUUUGAUGAGUUAAAAAUUAUCUCUGGUUUCAUCGUAUCAAUAGGUUAAAAAAAAAAUAUCUGGUUUUAUUAUGGGUUUAAAAUUCAUCCCAUCUUAAAUUUAAACUGUACGUAUUAUAUUAAACUAUAAUUUUGUGUCAUCCGGCCUUAGAAUUUACCUCAACGUAGCUGUUCUCCAUAAUUCUACUCAAAGUUACGCCCAUUCUGGCAACAAUAGAUGAUUUAAUGGAGUUUUGAUGUGAUGAGCGUGGUACUGAGAGGGUUGAUUGGUAUCUGAUCCUGCUAGCGUGGAUUCAGUGCCGGGGCGUGAAAGGAUCCCGUUGUGAAGAUGUUAUUGAUGUCCACAUUCACGUCUGCUUUGGCUUCUUGCAUUUAUAUUUUCACUUUUAUUUCAUUGUAGUUUUUUUUUUUUUUAUCAUGAUUAUUAUUUGUGUAUUAUCAUGUAUUGUCAGUGUUUAAUAUCCACUUCAAAAUAAAUAGAAAGCUGAUUUCUUUUAUUUAUUUCUGAAGUGUUGAAUUCAAACAUUUAUCUUGUAUUAUUAUUAUUAUUAUUAUUAUUAUUAUUAUUAUUAUUAUUAUUAUUAUUAUUAUUAUUAUUACUCGUGCAUUUCCACUACUUUCCGCAGGUUAGAAAAAAAAGAAUGUAAAUGGUUUUAAUAGCAGACUCAAACAUUUUUUCUUUCUGUAUUUUCUGAAACAACAUUAUCUUCUGAAUAUAAUGAUGUCUUACCAGAAAAUAUCACUUAUUAUUUUCAUUUAUUGAGGAACACGAGAAACUAUCAUAACUACUCAUAAGGACGCUCAUUUGAUCAUCAGAGAGAGAGAGAGAGAGAGAGAGAGAGAGAAUCAGUCAAUUUCGAAGACUCACAAGUAUUUGUCUGUUCCACUGAAGCCUCCCAGCGGGUUCAUUUGCUUCAGUUCUCCACUUCACGCUUUCGCGCACGCACGCACGCUCUCCACUCCAUCCACGCGCUUCGCCACAUCAAGGUAUUCUGUAAAAGUGGAUUAGUAGUGAAUGGAUAAGUGGGUGUUUAGUAUUUAUCUUCUUCAUCAUCGUCUUUUCUUUCUUCUUUGUCUUUCUUCACCGUUUUUUCAUCAUCUUACUCCCUCCUCCUCCUCCUCUUCCUCCAUGGUGACCUGUCCCCGCCCCUCACCACCCAGCCCUUCACUGCCCUCUCAUAUAUAAAAAAAAAAAAGUCACUUUCUUUACAUUUACAAUUUCUUUUUCCAUUUUCUUAACGUAUAUAACUUAUUAAAAGAUAAUUUUUUUGCUCUCCUUUCCCUUCCUUUCCCAUCAUCCUCAGCGUGCCCCACCCUUUCCCAGGUUCUUCCCACAGCUUCCCUGAGUCUCUCCCCGUUUUCUCUUUGUCUCACCAUUUUCUGUCUCCCAGUCUCUUCUAGCUCUUCUUAGUCUCUCCCCGCUCUUCUCAGCCUUUCCUUCUCCCAGCCUCUUUCAGCUUUUCUCAGCCUCUCCUCGUCUCUCCCAGUCCCUCCCAGCUUCUCCCAAACCAUACCAAAUUCUCCCAGCCUCUCAUUAUGGUGCUUGUGACACACCCUGCAUGUGUACGUUUAUGUGUGCGUUACUGUGUGUGUGUGUGUGUGUGUGUGUAUAGAUGAGUGAUGAAUAUACACACUUCGUAAAUAAGACGGUUUGUAUACAUCAGCGUGUGUAUUUUAGUGGUAUAGCUAAUAUAUAUAUGCUUUGUAUCAUACGCUACUCUCAUGUUGAUGGGAAGUGUCGUACGCUGAGCGUGUGAUUCUUGUACACUGGCUGAUGGAGGGAAGGAAGGCUUUUUAUUUACUAUAUCAUUAAUUUGAGAUGUGUAUUGUUACUGUUAAAAAGGAAAUUACUUUAUUCUGGUCUGUGGUUUUUAAUGACUGGACACACACAACACACACACACACACACACACACACACACACACACAACACACACACACACACACACACACACACACACACACAUUAAUUUUUUUUCUUUCUCCUUUUACAAUUUUUCUUUUUAGUCUUUUUAAUCAACACAAUUAUAUAUUUUUCAUCAUAUCACACUUUUUUUCAUCGUCGUUCUCGAAUUUUAAAAAAAAUUAGGUAGUACAACUUUCUAAAAGAUUUUAAGGUCUUGUUUUCUUCAUAUAAUAACUUGAAAUAAGUAUUAUCUUUAAGUCAAUUUUGCUCACUUAUUAUUACUAUAUAUAACCUGUACUUCCUCUAUCGUAUAAUUCUAAUCGGACGUGUGUAUAUUUGAAUUACUUUCCUCUCGGUUUUGAAAGAGGGUCAUCCUUCUGGCGGAAAAUUCAAAUUGUGUUAAAGUUUAAGUCGACCUUUGUGAGAAUUGUUCGUGUAUUCUUGCUUGACUUUAUUAUUAAUUUCCCGCAAUAAAUCUGUUGAAUACAGGUGAAAGAAAGAAA